AUGAGUGAUUGGUACAGAAUGAAGACGGGUUAUAAUCAUUCUGAACUAUCAGUGGAAACGUCUAGUGAAAUGUCAGACUCUUUCAAUACGUUUUCUAGCAAUUUGAGUCCUAUCCCUCCGACCACGAUUGUGCCCAGGAAAUUGGAUUUUAACAAUGUGGACGAUGAUGAUGGUGGCAGAAAAGUUUCUACACCUCCGAUGUCGUUCAGUCCACCUUAUAAGCGAGUUGGUGCUUUGACAUUAUUUGACAGUCCACGCACACCAAAGACACUAUUCGAAAAAUGUUCAACACCAUCAAUAAAUAGAUCAAGAGCCAGACUAUUUCCACCAUAUCUUGAAGUGCCUUCGGGCAUGCCGUCUGGCUCAAGUCAUCACCUCCACCCACCAACAAAUGUUACAACUUGGCAAGAAGACAGUGCAUUCCACAGCUUCACCCCAGAUGAGAUUGAAGAGCCCCGCUCAGUCAAGCCUCCGACAGUGAUCAUCAACCCUUUUACACCAGACGGUCAAGCAAUAAAUAAGAAAAAGCGUGCACUACCAAAAACGCCGACCGAUAGUAGCAAAACACCAGAAAAUCCAACAAAGCGACUUAGGGAAUCAAACAUAUCCCGUUACAACGUCGAGUUCCAAGAGUUGGGUGUGAUUGGUUGCGGUUCGUUCGGACGGGUCACGAAAUGUCUCAACAAAUUAGACGGAUGCGUGUACGCGUUGAAGAGAUCGCUUCGGCCCGUCGCCGGGUCUUACGCAGAGCGGGCUGCUAUUAACGAAGUGUAUGCGCAUGCGGCGCUUGGAAAACACCCACACGUCGUUAGGUAUUACUCGGCUUGGGCAGAAGAUGACCACAUGAUAAUACAGAACGAAUAUUGCGAUGGUGGUUCGUUACAACAGAAGUUAGAAGCUGGACCGUUGCCUGAGAGUGAAUUGUUGCUGCUUCUGGCUCAUAUUGGAGAUGGUUUAUCGUACAUUCACUCAAUGCACUUGGUGCACAUGGAUUUGAAGCCUGGAAACAUUUUCAUAUGCCGUGAGGAUCUGGCUUCCACUUCUGACUCCGAUGAUGGUUAUGAUGAUGACGAGGCCCCGAGUAGACCAAUUGCCAAGCACAAGUAUAAGAUUGGUGACCUGGGCCACGUGACGUGCAUCUCUGCCCCUCUGGUGGAGGAGGGCGACUGCCGAUAUCUGCCCAACGAGAUACUCCAGGAAGACUUCUCCCACCUCACUAAGGCGGACAUAUUUGCUUUCGGUCUGACCCUUUUCGAAGCGGCUGGCGGUGGGCCCCUGCCGAAGAAUGGUGAUAAAUGGCACGACUACAGGGAAUCCAGGUUACCAGAUCUCCCGAAUAUUUCGCGGGAGUUCAAUGAUCUCUUAAAGAAAAUGGUCGAUCCAGACCCCACCCAGCGGCCCUCAGCUGCGAGUCUCCGCCGACAUCCACUGCUCCAUCCAUCCGGCAACAAGAGCAAGGCGCAGUUGCGUCGCGAGCUUGCUGAAGCGAAACUAAAGAAUGAACUGCUCAAUAGCAAGCUAGAACAAGCUGCCAGAUGCAUAAAAUCACUUACGCCAAACGUACAAGAAUCCGGGAAAUUUCGCACUCGCUCAUCGAAACGCUUGCAGCCCCGGGCAGAUAAUAUCGAUGAGAUGAUUCGUUUGGCCACUUCGCCGUUCCUCAAUAGAGUCUUGCCCGGUCCCACGCGUGAGACGAGCAGAUGCGUAAAACCUCUGACGCCAGGCCGCGACUCGACGAAAUACCGGACCAGAGCGUCGAAACGCUUACAACCCCGAAUGCAGUUGGGUUCAGAUAGCCAGGACAUGGUGCGGACCGGGAUAACUUCCCGCAACCGCGUCUCCGGAGCGAGGGGAAGGUGUAAAGAGUAA